ACGAAGAAGAAGACGAAGAAGAGGAAAUAGAAGACAGACCAAAUAUGGGUAUAACUCCGAUGUCGCUCGCUAGCUAGCAUUGCUAGCUGAAAAGUGGGUGUAUGGUCUAGCUUGUGUAAAUUUACAAGGUAGUUACAUUUUGAGAGCGGUUACCGUCAACGGAAGAUUGCUGGGCUUCGGUUCCCCAAUCGGUGUUCAACACCGAGUUAAGAUAACAAAAAUUCCCGUGCUUGUUGACAACAGAAUUACUAGCUUAAUUGUAAUUACUUAACAUUAAAGAGUGAAAGGUGGGCGCAUAGUUGUGAGAUACAGUAGUGUGAAUGGUUCUUAGAAUAUACAAGAAAACAAGCUAACACUUCUGUCCUUUCAAAGGAGUUCACCUAACAUGUCGGUGGAGUGCCCCAUGUCACUACCACCACCUCCUCCUCCUCCUCCACCUGCUCCAGGUCCACAACCUGCUCCUCCUGUCUCAGCUCCCAAGAAGAAGCUGUAUCAGACUAUAGCCAGUAGCAGGAGUCCCGUGGAGGGGGACUUCACAGAGGCCCGGUUACUGCUCAGUCAGAGGGACAGUAGCUUUAGGAAGGACCUGCAGUGGAUCUUGGUGAACACAUAUGUGCCUUCCCUCAUCCAAGAUGGUCCGCAGUGCGGUCUGGUGGCUUUGUGGAUGUCUGCUCAUCUUCGACAGCCACAGCUGAGUAUUGACAUGGAAACUGUUGUUCAGACAGCACUGAGCAGGGGAUACACAGCGCAGGGUGAAAUGUUUUCAGCUGACAACAUGGCUCGGCUUGCUCAGGAGGUUUGUGGCUGUGAGGCAGACCUGCUGUCAGGGGGCUUAAGUGGCGACAACGCUGCAGCCAUCAUCACACACCUGUGGGGGGGGCAGCCUGUUCUCAUCCCAUAUGACGAGGACUACAACCACGAGCCGUGCCAGCGUAGCGGCCACAGGGCACACUGGGCUGUCGCUUCAGGGGUCCUCCUCGGACUGGACCUGGGCAGCGUGAGCAGAGAGCACACGCUGCCUGAUCCCGCUCUGCCCUGGCUCUCACACGCCGCUGAUAGCGGCUGUCCUUGUCCGGUCGUUGGCUCGGCGGUCAGAGAGGUUUACAUCCUAGCUAAGCAGGGUAAAAGCCUGCGCUACCAGCUGUGGAGUUUGGACAGCGUAGCUCAGAGCAACCAGCAGCUGAGGACGAUGGACCCUCACAGGGCUAAUGACGGGACCCGGUAUGUGGUUCCUCGAGGAGGGGUGGAGGCCGGGCUGGCUGGACAGGCGGUGUUGCUCCACACAAGGACACAGAAUGGCCCAGCUAGGUGGAGAACAGUGGACACAGGCUGCAGUGUCUAAAACACCGAAGUGUUGGGUGAACUCUCAUGGUGCUGUGUGAUUGAUACGACACUUUCUGAUUCUAAGAUGUGCCGUCCGAUAUCUGCGUGACUUCCUCAAGUUUUUUGAAUCAGUCCAAAAGGGCUUUGAAAAGGGCUUCCAAAUGGCCACAUAUUCUGCUAUGCUGGGAGUCAUCAAGUCCCUGUAUUGUUUUGAUUCUUUAUCAUUUUAGACCUUUGCAGUCAGUGUUGUGGUGUACUUAAUGAAGAGGAUGUGAAAACAGCUUCUGACUGAACUUUCUGAAAAUACAUUAUCACCAUGAUAUCAUUCACAUCUCACACCUCUGGACCCUGUCAUUACUUUUAUAUAAACGUAAUGCACAUUUUUAUGGAGAAUUAUAUUUUUGUCUUGUGUGUUUACAGUGUGAUGAAUCUUUAUCACGUCUUGCCGCUUAAUACGUCACAGACUAAAAGGAGUAUAUUUAAACAAUAAACUGUUAAAAAACGUG